UAAAGUAGUGACCGCAACGCAGCUUGUGACCAUUAACCGAGUGAUUCCUUUUGUGAUAUUGUUUUGAGUUGACGAUGCUCUCAUGAUAAUUCAUUGUAAUCUUAGUAAUCUUACUAAAAUAUUCAAACUAAAUUAGUUUGAAAUUCAAACUAAAAUCAUUAAACUCACAUUCCAAUACGACUAGGUACGGGUUUUGUUGUCAUCAUGACAUCGCCCCGCUCGGUCGCCGCAACCGACCUAAAUGAAGUAAACGACUGCGACUUGGACGACUUGGGCAGCACUUUGGAUAUAGUACACGAAAUUGACAAAUUUCUUGAAGGUCUUUCAUCUGAUGGUGCCGAUUUACCAGUAAACAAUGAUAAAAAAAUUGAUGAAAUUAAAACCACUGAUUUGGAAGUAGUUAAUAACAAUAGAACUCCUACCACUCAGAUGGAUGUAGAAUUUGUCGGGAAAAAUCCAGCUGUGUUCCAACUUCUAGAAGACCAUGAAAACUAUGGUGUAUAUGAACACAAUCCAAAUGAAUGUAACUGGAAUGUUUUUUAUAAAACACUUCCCCCUGAUGACCAAACAUUUGUCAAAGUAGAGCCAAAGACUGAAAUUGUUAAUGAUUACUUCCUCAAUGACUCAGACAAUAAAUUGGAAAGUUUCUCUUUUAACCUUGAUAAUACUCCGGAAAAAUCAAUUUUUGAACAACAUUCUUCUGAAGCAUCAAAUGGAGCUACCACAAGUGAAAUUACACAUUCAGAUAAUGAAUUGGAAAACUUCUCUUUCACAUUGAAAGCUGACAAUAUCAAAGAUAAUUUAUCUAAUGCUGAAGUUAAAAGGUGGAAACCGUAUAAAAAAUGUAAAUACUCUAAUUCUAAAAGUAAUGCACCUUUACCUCAUCUAUUCAGAAACAAUAACCAUAAGAAUACACUCAGAAAGCCAAAUCCAUGGUAUCGCAAAGAUUCAACAGAAAGAAAUAAUGCUCUUCAACAAACAUUUAAAAAUCAAUAUCAGGGAAAUGCUUCAUUACCAUCUGCACCUAAUAAUAAUGGUUCUACCUUUUUUCCGCCAAGAAAUUACAAUUCACAACCUAAUAGAGGUAAUUCCAACAACUUCAAAAAAAUGCCAAAUGAAAUACAAGGCAAUAAAAAUGUUGCACCUAAUGCAUCAUUUACAAGGAAUGACAAUGAACUGGCAAAUUUUCAAUUUGGGAAAAAUAAUUCUCAACUUACUAUACCAAAGCAUGAUGAAAGCCCACCUUUAAAUGUGCCAAGGCCAUUACGUCAUCCACCUGUCCCUAUAAUUAAACCUCACAGUUUAGUUGGAGAAUAUUUGAGUCCUGUAUCUUUGGUUGGAACGACAAUAAAAUUUUUAUCCCGAAAAUUGGCAAAUACAAGUAUACGGGAACAAAUUGUCAUAGAAUUAGCCAAACAUGGUAUCUUAGAGAAUAAUUGGUGGACACCAGAUGAUAUGUUUUAUGCAACAUUUUCAGAAAGAAGUAUUGCUCAACAUGUAUUUAAAAUGUAUCCUCAAAAUACAAAUUGUUCAUAUUAAAACAAAUGAAUUCAAAGAAUUAU